AUGAACAAAUUCUUGGAAGAUGUUCGACGAAAAGACAGAACAGAAGUCUUGAAUAAACUUAACACACUUGCAAACUUAGCAGAGGUAAACUUUCCAAAUUGGAAUUGAAGAUAAACGGCUUUAGGACGGUCGGAUCAAAGAGAUUUGCAACUAUGUUCUACAAAACUCGUCGAUCUCGCUCAAGGUUCUGAAGGAGAAAGCUCUGAGAUGCGAAUUGUUGCAGGAAGCCCAGAUGCACGCUAUCAUGACAGGGAAUUUGGGUAUUGUGGAACAUGUAACAUGUCUUUUCAUCGACUAUCCCUUUGAUGAAAGAAAAGGUUUGUCCCAAUGAAGAUUCGAACUUUCAUAUUUUUCUACCUGACAGGUUGCACUGACUCUCCAACUUUUGAGCCCCAUGUGACGCCGUUGAUUCUGGCGUGUAAGAACAACGACUUUCCUAUUGUAGAGUUCCUUCUUUCGCGCGGCCACUCCAUAGAUAUCCCGCACUUCAGAUCAUGUUGGUCGUUUCCUGCCAUUCUGUCAGUUGUUUUUUUUCAGGCACCUGCAAUUUGUGCUCAAAAAUGCCCGCUGGCAUCGGAAUCAACGCUCGGAGGGUAUCCCAAAGAGAUCUGCAAGUCCGAAUGAUUGUUUUAGAUCGACGUUCUGCGAGCCGUCACUUCAGAAGCCUACUUAUGGUUGGCAACUGACGACGUCUUCUCCGCCUGUUGCUCCGUCGUCAAGGAUCUCCAGAUGAUGAAGUCAGAUGGUCCUCUUGAGUUUGUGGUAGUCAGAUGAUAUGGAGCAUGGGUCCUAGAUGAAAGAUCUCAGGAAACUUUUCAAGAAUUGGAAGUUAACGUGCAGAAAUUCGUGGCCAAACUCAGUGAGCAUUUCCGAAUGCAGGAGGAGUUCGACGUCGUCAUGUGCUCGGUACUCGCCGAAGUCGUCUCAAAGACAGGAACCUUGUUCAGAAGCGCUGCUGUUCAUUGGCCGACAGCGAAUUAGUGUAUCCUCGGAUCCAGCUGGCUUUAGAUGCUUCCAUGCGACAGUUCAUCAGCGGCGCCCAUGUGCAGUCGGCCAUUCGAAGCGUUUGGCUACGAGGUCUGGUCAUGGAGCAACUGUAUGACUUUUGAAUGUUCAGACUGGGGGAAUUUCGGAAUGGAGCCCCUGAGAGACGCCUACCGCAUCGGCCGCCACGUCUUCCUCUAUCCGCUUCUUGCUCUUCUUUUCACGGUUUCUAACGGGAAGAUCGCGUCAUCAUUCAAUGUGCCGAUUGCCAGGUUUUUCUCAACAUCCAGUUCUAAAGUUCCUAGAAAAGAUUGAGUGGAUGAGACUCCAGAUUUCGAUAGUUUAUUAAUGGCAUUCCGUCAACUUCCUUUCUAGAUUCGUGAGUCAUGUUGCUGCCUACGCAUCUUUUCUUUUUGCCGUCCUUUUCCACCGUCGAGUCAGCAGUCAUACUUGUAAGACUUCAGUUAUCUACGAAACCCUUUUCUUUCCGUUUCAGUGGGAUUAUUCCUUGAGUGCUACUUCUUUUUGUAUAUUCUCGGGCUUUUGUUUGAAAAAUAUCUGCUCUUCACAAGACUUGGAUUCAAUCUCUACUUUUCUUUCUGGUGGCGAUGGUGAGAAAAGGACCAUAUUAACCAUAAUGCCUGAACGACUAGGUUCGACUUCUUGCUUCUUGCUGUUUUCAACAUAUCUCUUUUCGUUCGUUUGGAAACGUUUUUGGUGGGAUCGCCGAUCAAGCUCCUCCACCUCGAAAGAACUCACUGGGUACGGCGGUCUGCAAAAGAAGCAGAGAUUUUUUUUUUCAGUCAGCCUUCGAGUACGACACUUACCACGAAAUAUUUCUGACUGGCGGUUAUAUCUUCGCUAUUUGGAAAGUCUUCUACUACUGCCAGCUGUUGAAGAAACUGGGAAUCAGUGUGGUAAGAUUUGUUCUCUGUCAAUUGAAAAAGUCAAUCAUUUCCAGUUGACAGCUGGCAAGUGCGUGGCCAAGCUUUACCACUUCCUCACCAUCAUGGCGAUUGUCAUCUUUUCAUUCGCGGUUUGUUAUUUCUCGUAGUUUUCGAAAUGAGAUUCGAGUUGUAGGUCGGACUCAACAUGAUGCUGUACCCCUACAACCAAACCAACGGUCUAGAAAAGCUGACGGCUUUCAACACGUUAACCAGGAAUCGUCUAGAGCCUUUCAAUCAAGUCUUUCAGGAUCCCGAUAUCACUAGAGACGUUGUACUGGUCUUUUUUCGGAUACCUCGACCCAAAGUCGUACCGUAUCCAGAUAAGCGAAGAGAAAAGAAUCCCCAUAAAAAACGAAAUGCCAGCGACAAAUGUUUCUGUCGAGGUUAGCUUUUCCUUGUUAAGAAAUCUUGGCGAUCUUGACUUAUUCCAAUAGACAACUUCAGAUGUUUGUCGCCUUGUUUCAUAUCGUCAUCAUUAUUGUUUUGCUGAACUUGAUUACCGCACUGUUAGUGAAAACCGCCGAGGAAGUGCAGGUCUGUGAGCACGUAAAAUGGAAAAAGAGAUAUUUUGUUAAUGUAGGACAAUGAGGAGCUCGAGUACAAGUACACGAGGGCGGCCAUCUACAGCGAAUUCUUCACCUGGGAACACGCCGUUCCGCCGCCGUUCAACCUGAUCCACGUGCCUGUCGCCUUCUUUUGUCGCUUGGCUGAGCAGAAAAAUGGCGACGACGACGAGGAUCUUGUUGUCUUCUAUCAAGUGAGUUGGGAUCGUUUUUUUUUUGAUCUAGUCAGGGUUAGGUUGUGAGAAGUUUUCAUAAAGCCCAAUUUCAAAAUAAAUAAAGGAUCACUUCUACAUAUUUUCGAUUGCUUUGAUUUCAAAUUUUUUUAAAUGAAACAUUUUAACUGCGUUUCCAAAUAGGAUAGUAGUGACUGAAGUCUUUGCUGAAUUUAAUCUCUAAUGCUCAAAAUGAAGUUGCAGGUUCUGCGAAAAUUGUAUGAUCGCUUCCGUGCGAGCAAGGACUACAGAAGCGCGUGUAAUCAGAACCUUGUAAAUAUAUCAACCAAAAGUUCAAAUAAUUAUUUUUCUCAGCUCUCUGAAGUCCAACCAAAUGAAGGUCCAAGUGCUCCGGACCUUUACUUACGCAAAAAGACGAGAACCCAGUCUGCUUCCUCUUCUCGUUGA